CCCCCCUCCGCGGCCCGCCCUCCGGGCCCGGCGCGCAUCGGCUACUACGAGAUCGAGCGCACCAUCGGCAAGGGCAACUUCGCCGUCGUCAAGCUGGCCACGCACCUCGUCACGCGCGUCAAGGUUGCCAUAAAGAUCAUUGAUAAGAGUCAGCUGGAUGAAGAGAACCUCAAGAAGAUAUUCAGAGAAGUUCAGAUUAUGAAGAUGCUCUGCCACCCACACAUCAUCAGAUUGUAUCAGGUUAUGGAGACAGAACGGAUGAUUUAUCUGGUGACGGAAUAUGCAAGCGGAGGGGAAAUUUUUGAUCACCUGGUGGCCCACGGACGGAUGGCUGAAAAAGAAGCCCGGAAGAAGUUCAAGCAGAUCGUGGCGGCUGUGCACUUCUGCCACUGCUGUAACAUCGUCCACAGAGACCUGAAGGCAGAGAACCUGCUUCUGGAUGCAAAUCUGAAUAUCAAAAUAGCAGAUUUUGGAUUCAGCAAUAUCUUCACCCCUGGUCAGCUGCUGAAGACCUGGUGCGGAAGCCCCCCCUAUGCUGCCCCUGAACUUUUUGAAGGGAAGGAGUAUGAUGGACCCAAGGUGGACAUUUGGAGCCUGGGCGUGGUGCUGUACGUGCUGGUCUGCGGGGCCCUGCCUUUCGACGGGAGCACGCUGCAGAACCUGCGGGCCAGGGUGCUGAGCGGGAAGUUUCGCAUUCCAUUUUUCAUGUCCACAGAGUGUGAGCACUUGAUCCGUCACAUGCUGGUGCUGGAACCGAGCAGGAGGCUGUCCAUGGAGCAGAUCUGCAAACACAAGUGGAUGAAGCUCGGGGAGGUGGACGCCGAAUUCGACACGCUCAUCGCAGAGUGCCAGCACUUGAAGGCCGAGAGGCAGAUGGAGCCGCUGAACGAAGACGUGCUGCUUGCCAUGGCUGAGAUGGGGCUGGACAAGGAGCGCACCCUCCAGUCCUUAAGCACAGACGCCUACGAUCACUACAGCGCCAUCUACAGCCUGCUCUGCGACCGCCUGAAGAGGCACAAAAACCUGCGCGUCCCCGCCCUGCCAAGCCUUCCACGGACCGUGGCCUUCCCAGCGCCAGCCAGCAUCCAGGCAGAGCAGGCGGGCAACACGGUGAGCCUCAGCGUCCCACAAGUGCAGCUCAUCAACCCAGAGAACCAAAUCGUGGAGACGGACGGAACGAUGAACCUGGAUAGCGACGAAGGCGAAGAGCCGUCCCCCGAAGCUCUGGUCCGCUACCUCUCCAUGAGGAGGCACACGGUUGGCGUGGCUGAUCCACGCACCGAGGUGAUGGAGGAUCUCCAGAAGCUGCUCCCAGGCUUCCCCCGCAUCGCCCCACAGGCCCCGUUCCUGCCGGUGGCCCCAAACGUCAACAUGCCAGCCAACAUGCUUCCCAUGCAGCACCUGCAGCCAACGGGCCAGUUGGAGUACAAGGAGCAGUCCUUGCUGCAGCCUCCCACUCUGCAGUUGCUGAACGGAAUGGGACCCCUCGGGCGUCGGGCGUCGGACGGAGGAGCCAAUAUCCAGCUACAUGCGCAACAGCUCCUGAAGCGUCCUCGGGGCCCUUCUCCGCUCGUCACCAUGACACCAGCAGUGCCCGCCGUGACCCCUGUGGAUGAGGAGAGCUCAGACGGGGAGCCAGAUCAGGAAGCCGUGCAGAGAUACUUGGCCAAUAGGUCCAAAAGGCACACACUGGCAAUGACCAACCCCACCGCCGAAAUCCCGCCCGACUUGCAGAGGCAGCUAGGACAGCAGCCCUUCCGCUCCCGGGCAGCACACCUGGCACCCGACCAGCACCGCUACGUCUACAAGGACUCCAACACUCUGCACCUGCCCACGGAGCGCUUCUCACCCGUGCGCCGCUUCUCGGACGGGGCUGCCAGCAUCCAGGCGUUCAAGGCCCAGCUGGAGCGGAUGGGCAACCACAGCAGCAUCAAGCAGCUGCAGCAGGAGUGCGAGCAGCUCCAGAAGAUGUACGGGGGGCACAUGGACGAGAGGACCCUGGAGAAGACCCAGCAGCAGCACUUCUUGUACCAGCAGGAGCAGCACCACCAGAUCCUUCAGCAGCAGAUUCAGGAUCGUGUGCGCCCUCCUCAGCCCUCCUCGCCCCUGCAAGCUCCGGGUGAAAACCAGCCCGCUCUGCUCACACACCAGCUCCAGCGGUUGCGGAUCCAGCCCUCCAGCCCACCCCCAACCCAUCCCAGCAACCAUCUCUUCAGGCCGACGGACAGCAGCCCCCCUCCUGUCAGCAGCAGCGUGAUGCUCCAGAGCCACGGUGGCCCUUCGCAGCCGCAGUUCCAAGGGAUGCCGCUGCCGCCACCGCCGCCGCCACCGCCGCCUCCUCACGGCGCCAUCUUCCCCCAGCCCGGCCACUGCUCACCUCCCCCCAGCCUGGCCCUCUCCUGCCUGGGCAUGCAGCAGCCCGUGCCGGGGCAGCCGGUCAGCGUCCCGAUGCAGGAGCCCGGAGAUGGGAUGGGCGGCAGCCUCCUGCAGGCCGGGCGGGGCAUGCCCAUCGCCCCCGGAGCCAACCAGCUGCAGAUGCACCACCGCGCCAGUCUGAUGGCCUCCCUGACCUACGGGCACAGGCCCCUCUCCAAGCAGCUCAGCGCCGACAGUGCAGAGGCACACAGGUAUCCGUCCGCUGGCUACGACCAGGUGCACUUGCACCCCCACCUGUUCCCUGAGCAGGCCCGGGUCCCUCCCAGCAGCUACAGCCCAGCCGUGGCGGUGGGCUUCCCUCCGGCGCAGGCCCUGAAAGUCCCGCCGCUGGAGCCGUUCCCCGCCUUCCCCCAGAGCCCUCCGCCGCCGCCGCACCAGCAGCAGCACCAGCAGCAGCAGCAGCAGCAGCAGCACUACGCCACGUCGGCCCUCCAGCAGGCGCUGCUGUCCCCCACCCCGCCAGACUACAGCCGGCCCCAGCCAGUGCCGCACGUCCUGCAGGGCCUGCUGUCGCCCCGGCACUCGCUCACGGGCCACGCGGAGCUGCGGCUGCCGCAGGCGGAGGUCCUGCAGCUGAUCAAGCGGCGGCAGCAGCAGCAGCAGCAACAGCAGCAGCAGCAGCAGCAGGAGCUUCAGGAGCUGAUCCGGCACAUGAGCCAAGGGGAGACGGGACACGUGGCCACCAGCGUGGCCCAGAAACUGUCGGAGCGCCAGGCGCUGUCUUUGCCUUACCAAAACACGGACACGUCGUACCACCCCCACCCCCACGCCCACGCCCACCCCCCUCCGCCGCCUCCCUGCCAUCUCUCCCACUCCAGCCCCCAGCACCUCUUGAAAGUGAGGGCGCACGAAUGUAUCCAGCAGGCCCCGGCCCCCGCGCCGGCCCACGGGUACGCCCACCCGCCCACCUUGGUCCAUUCGGAGAGCAUGGAGGAGGAAGCGGACUGUGUGUGUGAGGCCGGCAGGGGCUGCAGCUUUCCAGGCAGCAAGGCCCAAGGCGGCCACGAGGCACGGCUGCUCUUGAGCCCCGGUGGGCCGGCGGAGCCCGACCCGGCGUUUGGGACUGCCAAGCGCGAGCAGCUGCUGGGGGCGCACCAGUACAGGCCCCAGCCGGCCGCCACCUUCGGUCGCAGUGACCUGCCCUGCAGAGAUCCCAUGGUCACAGGCUGCCUGGAAAGAAACUCCCCAGGACACGUGGAGAUGGCAGAGGCGGACAGGCUGGAGGGCUACUCUGCAAGACCGGUUUCUGGCGUGCAUCAGAGAUCGCGGCCCCUGCAGAGACACCACACCAUUCAGAACAGCGACGACGCUUACGUGCAGCUUGACACCCUGCCGGGCAUGAGCCUCAUGGCAGGGAAGGCGCUCAGCUCCGCCCGCAUGUCCGACGUGGUGCUCAGCCAGUCGUCCCUCAUGGGCAGCCAGCCGCUCCACGCCGGGGAAAGCGAAGACUGUGGGGAGGACUUGGAAUGUCAAGAGCACCCAAACCUGGGAGACGGCAGCCAGCUCCUGAACGCCUCUUGCUACCCGUCCACGUGUAUUACGGACGUCCUGCUGAGUUACAAGCACCCGGAGGUCCCCUUUGGGAUGGAGCAGGCCGGGGUCUAGAGAGCGGGGCGCUACAGGGUCUGUACAGCUUUGAAACAAAAAGGUCCAUUUCAAACCAACAGUAUCUCGCAGCACCGGGCCAAACGGCCGUAGCGUUUCUCCUUGACGGAAACCUGGCAGCGGCGGCGGCGGCAGCGGCGGCAGCUCCUCCUCCUCCUCCUCCUUCUCCUCCUCCUCCUCGGUUCAGCCGUGUGCGUGUUCCUUUCGGAUGUUCAUUAUUGCCAUAUUUGCCUGUGAUGCCAGCAGCCAUUCUGGAAGAACCAGAGCGCCCCUCGUACAGGUGCUGCAGGGCUGGACCGAGCACCGUGGCGACCUUGGAGGGCCCCUCCAGCCGGGCGUGGGGGCUCAGGGGCCCAGCCUUGCCUGGGAAGCUGAGGGCACAAGGGGGCCGCGGGAGGCAGAGGCUGCUCACCAGCGAGCAAUAAGCGAAGACGUUUGGACCGUGCCUCUUCCGGAUGUGCCCGGCGCAGCGGCCACCGGGCCAGGGGACCGGACGGGGGA